UCCACUUACCACAUUAAAUCGGUCCAGCCCGCGAAAGUUCCGGCAUUUUCUCGUCUCUUCAAAAUGAAAAAUUGCAGCAAGAGACCCAGGGCCGAGACCGCCGCUUCGCCGCCGGAAACCGGCGGCGCGCCACCGCUGGAAGGUUUUCCUCUCCCGGACACAAUAAUUCUCAGCGAGAUUUUCAAAAGGCUGGAGUUGGAGUCACUUUGCACCGUCGCCUGCGUUUGCCGCAGCCUCCGUUCAAUUGUUUCUCAAUCUCUUUCAACUCUCGCAUCUCUCGAUAUUUCUGCAUUUUCACCCAACGGAGAACUCGUUCGUCGCAUUGUUCCCAGAUUGAGAGGGGUGAAGAGCGUUACGAUUGAUUGUCUGCACUUGAAUGAUAGCUCCGUCAUCAGCAGCAUUCUUCGUCCGCCAUUGCAGGAGCUGAAUUUGCUCAAUUGUGCGUCGCUGUCGUAUCAGAUUCUCGCCUCAAUUGGAGACAAGUGCCCUAAUUUAAGGAUUCUUGUCGUGGAAUUUGCAGGGAAGAACUCACCCGAUUUUUUUAGGAGAAACCUCAUCGAAAUGCUGAAAAAUCUCAUCUAUUUAGAGCAUCUAUCCAUAAAAAUCCGCGGAACAGAAGUCGAUGCGUACGAUUUAUCCAGCAUCGAUCUUUUCCUCCCCAAAGCUUUGAAAUCUCUUAAGUUGCAGCCUUUGGACGAACAAGAUGCUACUCAUUUUAUCAAGAAAUUAAGAGAUGAAAGAGAGAUUCCGAUGAAUUUAUCGAAUUCUAGCUUUGGUGUUUUUACAUUAGUCCGUCUCUCCCUUGUCUUGGAUGUUAUAACCGAUAGGCUUAUGAACUCAAUCACGAGCUCGCUUCCUCUAUUGGUUGACCUAGACCUCGAAGACAGGCCAUGUUUCGAGCCAAAGCUCCCUCUCGAUUUAACCAACAACGGCCUACAGUCCUUAAUCUCCUGCCGCCACCUCACCCACCUCUCGAUUGUGAGAAGUAGACUCAACUCCCCCGUUUCUUUCAAGAGAGUCAACGAUAUGGGAAUAUUCCUUCUCGCUGAGAGCUGCAUAGAUCUAGAAUCAAUAAAACUUGGUGGGUUCUCCAAAGUCACCGAUGCUGGAUUUUCGUCACUCCACCACUCGUCUCACAAGCUCAAGAAACUGGAAAUCCGAAACGCCCCGUCACUGUCUGACAUGGCGUUUCACGAAAUAACCGGUGUCGUCGAGUUGAAAUUGCAAUCUUGCCCUCUCGUAACCAGCGAGUCUAUAUCCGAACUCGCCUCGUCCAGUACAUUGGAAUUGCUCGACACAAACGGAUGCAGGAGCAUAGCUGACCACUGCAUCGAAUACAUAUCGUGUGUAAGUACGCUGACAUCACUUAACCUAGGUGGGGCCGAUAUUACAGACAGUGGCCUCGAUAUUCUGAGUAGAGCCGAUUUACCUUUGACUCAUUUGUCCCUCAGAGGAUGCACUAGAGUGAACGAUAGAGGAAUUAUCUGCUUAUUCAACGGCGAGUUAAAAAUCAAAAAGACGUUAUUAUCCCUAGAUAUCGGCUACAUGCCUGGAAUAUCGGAUAGAGCGAUUCGUGCGAUUGUUUCGAGCUGUGAUGCGAUUAGUGAGCUGUGCAUGAGGUAUUGCUUUUACGUGAGUGACAAUUCUCUUAGAAUGUUAGCGAAAAGUGACUGUAAACUUCGAAAACUUGAUGUUUAUCAUUGUGUUGGAUUAUCGGAUGGGAUGGUGGAGGUAAUGGAGGGGGGUUUUUUCCGGGGGUUGAGAUGGUUUGGGGCUGGCGGUACUUUGGCGGAGAAGGGCGGCUUUGGUAGGGUUUGCGAGAGGCGGCCUUGGCUUACCGUUUGUUUCGAAGGUUGUGAAAUCGGGUGUCACGAUGGUUGGCAAUUUCAUAAGUAUAACGAUGGCUAUUAAAAAAAUAUGUUCUUUUUUCCAAAUUAGGUACAACGUCAAUGUAUCAAAAUAUUAUUGGGUCAAUGUAAAUUUGAUGAAUUUUGUUAUGCAGAUCAAUCUUUACUAUUAUUGUUUUGAUUAACCCAAAUAAGACAUUAGUAAAUAAUAAUAAUAAAUUGUUACGAAAAUAAACAAUUGUUGCUUCUUAAAUCCACGUGUAUAAAUAAGUCAAAUAACACACACCUACAUGAAAAUUUACAUUUAUUCACAGCUGGUGGUGAAUUCUUUACGUAUGAACAAAUAGGAGAGAGACACGAAAAGGAUGCAAAAAAAAAAAAAA